CACCCACACCCACACUCACACCCACACCCACACCCACACCCACACCCACACCCACACCCACACCCACACCCACACCCACACCAACACCCCACACCCACACCCACACCCACACCCACACCCACACCCGCAUCUCUUAUCUAAUACAUAUAAUAUUAAAAAAAUCACGUAGUUUUUUUAAAUACAAAAGGAUACUUUAUUUGCAUCCUUCAAGCACAGCAGUGAAAAAAAGUGCUCAAGAUAUGAGCAAAGCUCGUACUGUAAGAUUACCCAUUUUAUUUUUCUACUUACAUGUUUAUCAAUGUUUCUCGAACGUAUAGCUUGGUUCUUCGCGGUAUCCGUCAUGAUCAGCCGUCGUUGCAACUUCAAAGUUCGUCUUUUGUAUUUAAUUCACGAUGAAUAUUUUUCAGUAAAUAUUUUAUCGUAAGAAUAAGAUGCAUUUGUCAAAACAAUUGUGCACAGUGUUUGUAGGAUAGUUGUUUUAUUUUUUCUAUAAUGUAAACUAUAAAUAGUCAUUGAAUCAUCGAAAGGUGUAAAAAGGUGCGAGUAACUAACUAGUAAAAUUUAAAAUUCCAGUGUUUCCUCGGAGAACAGUCACACUUUCUGGUAAUAACGAUAUGAAUGAAAAUGAUGAUCCUCUUUGACAACCAUUCUUGCCUAAAAUAUGUAUAAUAGUUUCUUUUAGUGUUGCCAUAAUGCCGCGGUCGUCACACACAACAACUUGCUUGAUGGUGCUAAGUGUUAUUGCUCUUGUAUUGAUCACCAUCGUUGUCCCACUUGCCGUAAUAACUUAUUAACGCAAAAUCAGAACUCAUCAACUUCUGGUACGAUCAAUCGAACAUACCAAUUCACUUUCCUAACUAACACAUUCCUUAGUCCUUAAUCUAUGAAUAGUUUAGCUAAUAGUUUACGUUUGAAAUAGUAAGAUUUUAUACUGAUUCCAUGUUAUAAUUUUUAAGCAUUAUCAACUAUUACCUCGACUGUAAUAACAACAGGUAAUGAUCUUUUUCUUAUUUUGAACUCAACCUUUCAUUAAUUGCCAUUUUUUUGUUAGUGAACAUCAGUUGCCCGUCAAAUUCAAUCACUUGGAAAGGUUAUGUUUGGUGUGUUCGCAGCGCCUUGAACAGUGGACCAGGUUCGUUUCUUUCCUAAUAAAAUUGUGGAAAACAGAAGACCCUUACUUUCAACCACCCUCAAAUAGUUUUUAGAACUAAAAAACGGACUUGAUACACCCAUGAAAGUCAGCAAUUGCAAAUACUCGUGUAGAAAAUCUAUCAAAUCAUUCGCUUCUCUUUUAUUCUCCGUUUUCACACAUAGGACCCAAUGAUUUUGUGCUGAAUAAUGUUUGGGUUGAUAACAGUGGUUUAUUGCAUCUUCAAAUAACCAAUGCAUCUGGUGCUUGGACGUGUGCCGAAUUGUAUACGAAUAAUCGGUUCACAUUUGGUACCUUUCAAUGGCAAGUGGAAGGACGAUUGGAUCUUCUGGAUCGUAAGAUCGUGCUGGGUUUGUUUACCUAUGGACCACCUGUUGCUGGUGUUGAUGGAACUAAUGAAAUCGAUAUCGAGUUCUCUCGAUGGGGCCAAAAUGGGUCAGUGGCACCGAAUCUUUAUUAUACUGUCUGGCCAGCAACCAUAAAUGACUCAACGAAUGCUACUUGGAUGUUUUACAACCAGACAAGUCUGUAUACGACUCAUCGGAUUAUGUGGUCAUCGGUAUCAGUCGCAAUGAAGUCACUCCAUGAAUUUCAGAACGACGACACAAACCUUUUCCACUCGUGGCAGUCAUGGCCUGGUUAUGCAUCAGCUAAACCUCAAGCUACAGCACCAAUUCACAUGAACCUUUGGGUUUUUCACUAUGGAACUACUGACCGAUCACCUAGUAAUGGUAAUCCAAUUGAAAUCAUCAUUCAUGACUUUACGUACGUUGAUCCAACUGUUAGUUCAACAAUAACGGGAGUUGCGUCUGUGAUGUUGUUUGAGACUGUCACCAUUCUAAUCGGUUUAUUCUUCGUUAUCUUAUCGGAAUUGCUUGUUUGA